AUGGACUCAUUCAAAUCUAAAAAUAGUCGUGAGGCUACUAUAAACUCAGUGAAUAAGUCACUUAUAACUUACUUACCGUCAGUAUCGACAGUACUGGGUUCAAGUGAGGAUAUUCGCAGUGGAAAAGAGUAUGCCAGUCUUUUAGCAUCGUCAUCGGGCAGCAGUUACAAAUCGGGUGCCUCAGAGAUUGCAAGAAUAAGCAAGCAGGCUAACAACAUAAAGAAAAGCCGAAGUCAAAGGAUGAAAAUGAAGAAUAAGCUCAAAAAGCAGAGGCAUCAAGUGAUGCAGAAGAAUAGAGAGUUCCAAAGCAGAGUCGAAAAGCUUGGAAGGUUAGCCAUUGGAGAUACUAAAGAAAUGGAAGAACUUGUGGAUCAGAAUUUGGAAAGAUUAAAGAAAUUAGAGCCAGAAAAUGAGGAGCAGAUCAAGAUGUUGGAGAAAGAGGUACUAGACUUAAAGUAUGGUAGUGAGUCAAGAAGUGGAGGAGCAGGAAGGAGGAGAAGAAAGACAGCAGAAACAAAUCUGGAGGGUGAGAGUAAACAGCAGAUUGAAUUCAAGUCGAAAGUUGAGAAAGGGCUCAUUAGUGUUCCUGGUCUUACUCCAGGAUUGGCACCUGUCGGAGAGUCCGAUGAAGAUGAUAGCGAAUCAGAUGAAGAUGAGCAGACCGCGGGAACGGACGACAUACUUUCGGGUUUUAAAGACGAUUUCAACGAGUAUCAUUAA